AACCAUCCAACCAAUCCCUCAUUUCAGACACAGCAGACAAGGAUUGAGACCUAAUAUAAAGGGCAAAUCUAGUAGGUUUAUAAUAAAGAUAUUUUUAUUUCUACAUUUUACCAUUUCAAAGGACUCGCUCAUUCAUCUUAAAGAGCACAAAGAAGACAUGUCUAAAACAAAAAACAGUGAGGGGAAUGUGCUAAAGCGUGUGGCGAAACUACCACUCAUCAGCUCAGCGCUGCAGCAGGCCACUUCUGUCUACAUGGGCGUGAAAGGUCGUUACCCGCUGCUCAGGUUUGUAGGAGGUGUAGCAGAGCUAGGUGUCCGUAGUGCAUCCACAGCAGCCCUGAAACAAGCAGCACCUCUGCUACAGAACCUAGAACCAGAAAUUGAGGCAGUAAACAGUUUUGCACUGGUGGGUUUAGAGCAGCUAGAGAAGCUUUUCCCGAUUCUCCACCAGCCCACAGAUGAGGCGGUUGCUGAUCUGAAAGACGCUUUCUUCUCGAGGCUGGACGAUGCGCAGUCUCGAGUGAAUGAUGAGCUGGACAGAGCCGUGGACAGAUGGGAUAAACUGAAACAGCUAAGCUCGCGCCUCCUGGCGGAAGCUCAAGAGUCAGCAGCAGGGCGAGUGAUCAGCGCGGGUCUGGAUGAGCUCAUCACGCAGUCAGAGGCGGCAGUGGCCUACUAUCUACCUCUGCCACCCACGCUGCGUCUUGAGUGGGAGAGAAGAGUGCUGAGCUAUGAAGAUGAAGAUAAUGAUGAUGAUGAAGAAGAGCCUCGAAUGUGGACACGUAUCCGUAGCCUGUUGUUGUGUCUGUACCUUCAACUGUACCACAGACUUACGAAGCUGAGAGAAAGACUAGACAGCGUUUUGCAGAUGCUGGGGGCGGCUGCUGAAACGGUGGGUCUAAUGCAGUUGAUGGCGAUGGUGGAGUCCCUGCUACAGCUGCUUCUGUCAUUUUACAUGAGUCAGGUGCAUCGCAUGGCGGAGCUGCGUUCUCUUCUCAUAGCUCAGCUCACGUCAGGUAUACAGGCACUGAAGGUUUUGCCCCCUGUACAGCAGAUACUGGCUCUGCCUACCCAGGUGCGCACUAUCAUGAACGACCUACUGGAACUGGGACAGAUUCUCAUACAGUUGCUCAUCAACACCACCCCACUCUAUGACCUGGUAAAACAGGUUUCUGAUCUCGAUGCAGCAAACAGUCCAAUUCCAGAUGAACUGCCUGAGAGUCCCUCCAGCCCUGACUCUGCAAACAGCCUCUUCUUCAAGGCCAUGGACGGUGGCCCGCGUCGCCGCAGAAGCCUUCACACCGGCUCCCAUCGUGGGUCUGCCAGCGGGCUUCCAUCAAGCCCAGCUCUCUCCCCAACUCCUACCCCAGUCCCAGCAAAUGGCCGUAAAGGCAGUUUGAAGUUAGAUUCCCAGCCUUCAGGCACUCCUGAAUUUGACACCCUGGCUAUGCCCACCACCGAUAUGAUCCGCCGCCGUUCCUCAGCCACCGAGGUCCUGCUGGCUCCCAUUAUGCAGUUAGUUACACAGAGCCAACGGGCGUUUGAGUUUCUGAGUUCUGGCCCUUCAUCUGAUGAUCAGGUCAUACCUGUGGUGGAAACCACAGAACAUUAGGCUCCAUUUUUCUUAAACAUAAGAUUUAAAUAUAAUCAGAGCAUUUAAAAGCAGAUCGCUGCAUCUCACAG